AUGCUGGUCAUUCCCAUUUUCUCUCCCAUGCUCCUGCAGUAUGUGGCCUUUGCCUCCCUAUUUUUCAUCCUCAUCUCCAUCACCACCUUCUGCCUGGAGACACACGAGGGCUUCAUCCACAUCAGCAACAAGACGGUGACGCAGGCUUCUCCAAUCCCUGGGGCUCCCCCAGAGAACAUCACCAAUGUGGAGGUGGAGACAGAACCCUUCUUGACCUACGUGGAAGGCGUCUGUGUGGUCUGGUUCACCUUUGAGUUUCUCAUGCGUGUCACUUUCUGCCCGGAUAAGGUGGAGUUCCUCAAAAGCAGUCUGAAUAUCAUUGACUGUGUGGCCAUCUUGCCCUUCUAUUUGGAGGUGGGCCUGUCAGGCCUCAGCUCCAAAGCUGCCAAGGACGUGCUGGGCUUCCUGCGUGUUGUCCGCUUUGUUCGAAUCCUGCGCAUCUUCAAGCUGACCCGCCACUUCGUGGGCCUUCGUGUACUGGGCCACACGCUCCGGGCCAGCACCAACGAGUUCUUGUUACUCAUUAUCUUCCUGGCUCUGGGGGUCCUCAUCUUUGCCACCAUGAUCUACUAUGCUGAACGCAUUGGUGCCGACCCUGAUGACAUCCUGGGCUCCAACCACACCUACUUCAAGAACAUCCCCAUUGGCUUCUGGUGGGCCGUGGUCACCAUGACCACCCUGGGCUAUGGAGACAUGUAUCCCAAGACGUGGUCUGGGAUGCUGGUCGGGGCACUGUGUGCCCUGGCUGGAGUGCUGACCAUUGCCAUGCCGGUGCCCGUCAUCGUGAACAACUUCGGCAUGUACUAUUCACUGGCUAUGGCCAAGCAGAAAUUGCCAAAGAAGAAAAACAAACACAUCCCCAGGCCUCCACAGCCUGGCUCACCCAACUACUGCAAGCCUGACCCCCCUCCUCCACCCCCACCCCAGGUGACUGUGGUUGGCCCCUACCCACCUGGACCCCACACACACCCCGGGCUGCUCAGGGGUGGUGCUGGGGGACUGGGCAUCAUGGGAUUGCCUCCUCUGCCAGCCCCUGGUGAGCCCUGCCCACUGGCUCAAGAAGAGGUGAUCGAAACCAACAGGGCAGUAGACCCCCGUCCCAAUGGGGACCCUGCAGCAGCUGCACUGGCCCACGAGGACUGCCCUGCCAUCGACCAGCCAGCCAUGUCUCCAGAAGACAAGAGCCCGAUCACUCCGGGAAGCCGGGGUCGCUACAGCCGGGACCGAGCCUGCUUCCUCGUCACUGACUAUGCCCCUUCCCCCGAUGGCUCCAUCCGAAAAGGUUACGAGAAGUCCCGCAGCCUGAGCAGCAUUGUGGGCCUGAGCGGGGUGUCCCUGCGCCUCGCGCCCCUCGCCACUCCCCCUGGCUCGCCCCGGGCCACCCCCCGGGCUCCCCCAACCCUGCCCUCCAUCCUCUAG